AUGCCAACAGCGGAACGUUUUACAACGUCACUUAACACAACUCUUUUCCCUAAAAAUAAAACGUUAAAAACGCAACAGCAAAAAAGAGAAUCGACUAACGCGUUUCCAAAUAGAAACAUACAAAGAAGUAGAUCUUAUAGUCCGGAUGCAAUAAAAAUGUAUAGUAGACCUUGUAGGGAAAACGUUUUAAAUAACAUGAUAAGCGCAUCGUCGGAAGAUGAUGACAAUUGGGAAUAUAAAAACAAUAACAUUAUAAAUAGUAAAAGAGAACAACAAAUACACCAACUACAGCAGCAACAACAACAACAGCAACAAGAAAGAUUGAAAAGAUGUUGUACGCCACAGGCGAAUAAAAGAAGAGGAUGGUAUGCCGGUUAG